UCCAGGCGUAAUAUGUAAAUAAACUGAUACAGCAAAUCAGAGAUGAGCUGAAGCCGAUAAGGUAUACUGUAAUCCUCGGUUCUCUUCCCUCUCCCUCAGCACCCAUAUCACUACAUUCGAGCUCCGUUCAUGCUCGCCGCUGCGACGCUAGCCCUACGGCCAUGUGGCAGCUUACCGUCGCACGGCUCGGAGAGGCCGCUUACGCCGAAGGGAAAUCCUCCUAUUCACCUCGCCGACCUUCAUCUGCUCACCAUUGGCAAAGGGUUUGGUAAGCUCGGCGGGCUCUGCAUCAGGAACUCUUCAUUUCCGAUCCGAGCCGUCGCGGUGGGCUCCGAUGAACUCGGUUUCUCACAGACGAUUGAUGAGGUGAAGCCAAAGAGAUACCAUUUUCUUGUGGCAAAUGCAAAGUUCAUGCUUGAUGAGGAGGAACACUUCAAAGAGUUGUUGUUUGAGAAGCGCCGAAACUAUGGUGAAAGAAAUAAGGAACAAGAUUUCUGGCUUGUUAUUGAGCCCAAGUUUCUUGAUCAGUUUCCAAACAUUACCAAUAGGCUCAAAAGACCUGCGGUCGCCUUGGUCUCCACUGAUGAUCGGUGGAUCACGUUCAUGAAAUUGAGAUUAGACAGAGUCUUAUCAGGCAACUACGAAGCAAACUCCUUGGAGGAAGCGUUGAUUUGUAAUUCUGUAGAUUUGCAGUUUGAGAAAACUGAGAAAUGGGUUGCUCCUUAUCCAAAAUAUGAAUUUGGAUGGUGGGAACCAUUUCUUCUACCUAAAUCCAACAAAAAUGGAGCUUAGAAGCAUUUUUUUCCUUCAAAAACUACCGCUUGAAAUUCUCCUAUAUGCGGCAUAAUAUAGGUUGAAUUUUACUUGAUUGUAUGAACACCAUUAAGAUGAAUUUCUCGAGCUAGUGGAUGCGAGAUGAAAACUUUCGAACGCUAAAUUUUAUGGUAAUUUGAUUUUUUUAAUA